AUGAUUGUACAUACUCUGGCAAGUAGGUCUAAUGCCUUCUUUAUAUUUCUUGAAAUUCUUAGUGUGAUAUUGAUUCCAGAAAUCCACAGAGGUCACAUGUAUGAAUAUACUGGAAGCGAUCCGAGCGAAAUACUUUAUCUUGUAAAUAGCACUUUUGAUGGGCUCUUUAGGCGAUCGCCAGAAAUUCUUAACAAGCAUAAAACGAUGGGCUAUAAAACGGAUCAAUGGAUUCAGUUGGAUUUUGACACUGGAAAAAUUAUAGGAAAUCUCCUUGAUGUCGAUCCCAAAUCACGUUUCAUAGAUUUGGGAGUCAUCAAAUAUCAGUUCAUACUAUCGCGCUUUGGUGAAUCGGACCCACAAAUGAAUAUUACAUUCCAACGCUUCCCUGAUCAUAUUGAACCUGAUCCAGGCACUAGCAAUUUAAAACAUGUGGCCACCUUGGAGCCUUCUGUCGUUACGUUUCAUGGUGAUAAAUUUCUCUGGCAUUUGCCCUUGGAGGCACCGAUUGUAGAUAUAUUCUCAAUUAAAGCUUCAAAAGAACAGAAGGGAGAGGGACCGGAGGAGGAGAAGGAGGAGGGCAGAGAUGGAUCUAACCCAUCGGAUCGUAACUCGGUUUCUUAUAGCCUUCGUCGUGUUCCUUUUACCUCCUAUGCCCUCUCCCUCAGCGAAGCGCAUAUUAAGCCCAAUCCCCGUCAGGCUGAACUCUGGGAGGAUACACUCAGUAUUGGAAAAGAAUUUAAACCGACGCUGUACUUGGGAGAGGGUCCCUACCUGCCUCUCUACAUAAUUCACACUCUGGCUGAAGCCUCCCUUCCAAUUCGUCCAGUAUCCCGAACCUCCGGUCGUUUGCAAUUGGAGUGCAUGGAUCGAAAGCUCUGCAAGUUGACCCACUGCACCCUCCCAGCCGAACAUGGGUACAGGAAGGUCUCCUAUCCCAGGAGUCUCAUUGGUCUCUACCACGCUUCCCCUAGCUCACCUAAGGUCAAUGCAAAUUGGUCAAGUCCGCAUUUUGAUACCUGGGAGUACACUAUGCCGUCUUAUCGUCACAUGAAUAGGACAGAAAUCCAACUUUUGACAACAACAGCAGGACCUAUGGUCUAUAAACAAGUAGGACCCUCAUGGACUUCUAUUACCAUUGGAACUAUCCUUGUCAGUGUACUCACGUCCAUAAGCACCUACUAUUACAUUGUUCGCAGGAGGCCACUGGCUGGCCCAUUUGGCCUCGAUUCGGACUUUGACAACGCGGAUGAAAAUGGUUGGGCUGGCUCCCCUCCCAGUGCCAAGGGUUCUCCUCAAGCUGUGAAUUUCAACACCAGGGCCUUACUUGGAAGGGGGUCUAAUGGAACUUUGGUCUUUCCAGGUAUUUUUGGUGAUACGCCCGUAGCCAUCAAACGUAUUCUUCGAUCACGAGAAGUGGACCAAAAUUGGCAUCGUGAGCAUGAAAUCUUAAAGGAACUUCAGCACGUCAACCUUAUCAACUGCUAUUGGACUGGCUCAACACAAAACUUCCACUAUUUGGCGUUGCAACUCUGCACAGAAAGCCUAUUGGAUGCUAUGAAACCAGAAGUUGAGGGGGGACAACAGCCUUUCUCAACCUCACGGCAAAGUCCUCUUAAUCGAUAUAAUCUGACGCCCAUUCAGUGUGUGCAUCAGCUUAGUAGUGGAGUCGCUUUUCUACAUUCCAAAUCCAUUGUGACUGCCUAUUUUCCCACUCUCUAUAUAGUUCAUCGUGAUAUCAAGCCGAACAAUAUAUUUAUUCGUGAGUCACCCACUGAACCCACCCGUCUUGUUUUGGGAGAUUUUGGUCUCUCCAAAAGUCUGCAAAAUAAUUUCUUCAUAAAUUCCCUGUCCUACGAUGCCGACUCUUCUAGCUCAACUUCCAGCUCACCAAGAAUUCGGGGUACGUUUGGAAGUCUCGGUUGGAUGGCUCCAGAAAUGUGCUCUCCCACGGGUGGAACCUUGACCACGUCCGUGGAUGUUUUCGCACUAGGCUUGGUCGCCUACUUUAUUUUCACUCACGGUCGUCACCCCUUCUACUCCCCACCUCCGAGUUCUUCGCAACCAUCGUCUUCUCUUUCAAAUCCCCUUUGGCAUAUUAAUGACACUUCAUCUAUUGCUGGUAGUAAUAACUCGACUUCCUCAUCGCUAAAUCCUAUUGGUCCUGAUGGUGAUCUACCUUCUCAAAACACGAAGUCUUCAAAGAUUCGGGAGGGAUCUUUCCAUGAUGCCUACUUCUCUGUGGAUAGUGUUCAUGCAAUGCAGGUUGCCAUCAAUAGGAGGGAGGAACCACUGUUGAGCGAAGUUUUCGUGUCUACCAAAAAAUUGCCAACGUCUACUGACGUCGGGGGAGAUAGUGAACAGAACUUGGACGAGAUGUAUAGUUGUUUGGCGAAGCAGUUCGUCUUCGAGGCCCUUGAUUUCGACGCCUCCACGAGGUGUUCCAUCGACGUUCUGUUACGCUCGCCCCUCUUUUGGCCCCCUACCACCAUCCUCUCCUUUUAUUCGGUGAGCUUCAUUUAA